CUCCAUGCUGCCCGGACUCAGGAGGGUGAUUCACACUCCCGGGCUGGCAAGAGGGUUCAGGACAUUCAGGACAUCUGCACCGGUGAGGGCCAUGGCCACCAUAACAGGCAUGGAGAAGAUCACCUUUGGCAAAGGCAUCCCCGGCUACGUUUGCGGCAGCGUCAAGGACCCUGCCGUGGUGGUCCUCCAGGAAUGGUGGGGUGUGGUGCCGACGGUUGUUGACCACGCCAUCAACAUCAGUCAGCAUGGCUAUCGGUGCCUGAUCCCCGACCUCUACAAGGGCAAGGUGGGGGUGGACAAGGAGGAGGCCAGCCACCUGAUGAACAGCCUGGACUGGGCGACGGCGGUGGAGGAGAUGAAGGCGGCGGUGCAGUAUCUGCGGGACGAUGGAGCCAGCAAGGUUGGCUGCAUUGGCUUCUGCAUGGGCGGCGCGCUGGCCCUGGCCGCAGCCCAGCACGCGGGCGUCGACUGCACGGCACCCUGCUACGGCACGCCCUCGCCGGAGCUGUGCCAGCCGGAAAACGUCAAGGUGCCGGUGCAGAUGCACUUUGGGGAGCUGGACGACUUCAAGGGCUUCUCCGACCAAGAGACCGCCAAGGCGUUUGCCGACAAGGUGAACGCGGCGGGCGGCGCCGCCGCGCUGUUCAUGUAUGCCCAGGCGGGGCACGGCUUCCUGAACCGCGGAGACGAGGGCGUGGCCAAGCGGGCGUACAUGGGGUUCCCGGAGCCGCCCAGCGAGGCGCAGGCCCUGGCCUGGGAGCGGGUGCUGGCCUUCUUCGAGGAGAACCUGAAGGCCAAGUGACGGCGGGCAGCUGCGGAUUGUGUGCAGCGGCUGCAGGCAGGGACAGCUGCUGCAUGUCAUGAUGCAUGAUGCCCAGCCUCAGCCAGGUGGACCAGCCCCACCACUGUUGAGGGGUCAGCUUCAGCCUGCGCUGCCUGCGUGUCAUCGCCCGCCCCACAGUGCCGUGCGAACGCAAGUUGUUACAAGGCGGACAG